UACCAAAAUUUUACUUUACAUUGCAGCCACUCCUGUGGGGCGUACACGUUGAAAUACAUGUUGUCAUGGGACGGAAAUGAAAUGACGGAUUAUUUCACGCAGGCGCUGAUAGAUAUUUUUAGCUUCAAAAUAUGCUCAAGGCUGCUGCGUUCAGAUUGCAACCCGCUUCGAAAAGAAUCCUACAAGAAACCUAUAACGAAAGAGAACUAUACUGCCAGCAUUGCACAGGAUCCUAAAGAUGCGGAAGACGACAUCAGGGAAAUCAGCAAUCCUAAUGUUUCCGAGAAACCCAAGGAAGACGUCGUCAUGGAAACCAGCCCUCCUAGACCCAAGCGCAAACGUGGCCGUCCGAGAAAAGUAAAGACUAACACUCCUACUGAUACGGUCGAACAAGAAAUUGCCACCGAGACUCCCGCUGGACUUGCCGACGGCAAACGCAUACGCAAACCAUCAAAAACAAAGACCAGCCCGUACACAACACCAUGAAGUUUGAUGUGGUCUCUAAAUGAGAUGAAUGAUCUUAUUAGCAUUUUUUUCAAUUUUCAGUUGUUUUUCACUUAUUAUUUGUACGCUACUACUUCUAAGCAACUGUUCUGUUAUAGGUUACAAAAUCCUUGUGACCGUCAGCUAUUAUUUUUAGGCUUCCGAUAAGUUUCAAGUUGCUCGAAUGUGCUCAUAUUAUUAGCAAGAUUAGUUCCCCAGUUAUC